GACCUACGUACUAGGGUUAGUCGUAGUGAGAUCGCGUGCUCUUUCGUCGAAUUCUUAUGGCAAAUCUGGAAUCAUCCCCGCCACCUUCCCCGGGAAAAGAGGGGCGCUCUCCGGCAGUCAAAGCUGGAGGCAUGAGAGUUUCUAAGAAGCUAGAAAAUGGACCAGUUGAAAGAAGUUCUAAAUUCCCUGGAAAAGAGAAGACAAGCUCUGCUCCUAUCAUAAAAGUACAGAGCAUGAGUAUCUUACUAACAGAUACCCUUCAGAAACUGAGGCAUAAAUUUCCAGCCGCCGCAGCACAAGGAGCAUACGAAAAGCCACGGCCUGCUCUGGAAAAAAUUACAUUGCCCAAACGAAUGUGCAUUAUUCAGCAGCCUCGGAAAUGUUAAAUAUGUAGAAUAAAAUAUUCAUAUAUGUGACAGACUUGCACUUAACAAAAACGCCAAUUAGCUAGGCAAGCAUUAAGUAGACCAAAUGGCUCAAGCAGUUUCUGUUUUGUUUUUCUCACAAUAAAAACUCUGUAUAUUCUGUUGUUUAUUUUUUUUUCUUGAAAUGAUGAAGGUUUUCAUUUUUGUUUUGGCAUAGCUUCUUAGUGACCACAAACCCUUAUUUUAACAUUCCCAACCAUAUUAUUACAGCAAUUACAGCUUGGAAUAGAGAAGCAGUUUUUUGAAACUAUAUCUGCUAGAGUGGUAGAAAUGUUCUAGCCUCAUUAUGUGUCCUUUUAAAAAAAGCAAACAAACCAUUGAGAAUGUGGAUAUAUGGAGAAAACAGGAUGACAGUAAAGUUUUCAUAACUUCUCUACUUAAAUUUGGAUACUAGGUAAUUGUUAUUGAUAAACUAGUUGUUUCCUGAUAUAGCACAGGUACACUGAGGUUCAGAAGGAUAAAUAGGGACAGAUUUUUUUUCCCCAGAAUGCUGUUAGGAUUCAGGCUGUUUGGAGAGAGAAAAAGAAUGUUAAUAGUUGCUAUAAUGACCAGUCCCUUACCAGAACAUAAAAAAUUAAUUCUUUUGCAAAUGAAAUAAAUAAUCUGACUUGCUCCUUAGAAUCUAGGCUUAGCUUGUAUGCAAUAGUAUAGGCUACUUCAAUGAGCGUGCAUCUUUAACGGUCCUGAUUUCUAUUCCAAAGAGUUCAAGUUCAUAAAAGUCAUAUUCUGAAACAAAGUAACAGUAUUUAUUUGCUGUAUCCUAGAAUAACAGCAAAAAAGAUAACAAAGUUCAUAGAAAAGUAGAUGACACAUCAAACAAAAGGUUUAAUUCUCCCUCUUGUCUAUGUAUUUACCUUUAGAUUUCAAUAAAAGUCUUGUCCUAAUGCAUGCUGUUUGGAUGCCCCCCAAUGUUAGUGCUUAAAGUGAUUAAAAUGAUAAUUUAAUAUAAUGUAAUUUUAAAAACCCUCAUCAAGUUAAACUAACUCUGUUCCAUUUAUACCUUCCCUUGGCCUCAGGAACUCAAGGCAAUGUGUAUGGUUCUUCAUUCUCCAACAUUAUUGUUGCCCAGCCCUCUGAGGCUGAGGGUUUCAUACCUGAGUGAGAAUUUGAAUCUAAUCCAACAAGCAUAAUUCCUACUUCAGUAGGAAGUCAGCUUAAGUGUAAAUGUACCUGGCUUAAAAAAAAAUCCAUGUACCUGCUAAUGGAAGAGCAGAAGAGAUGGAACUAACUUGCUUUCCCUUUCUAUGGAGGUCCUACCCCUUAUGACUGAGGACCUGAUUGGUUACAUGUUUGACAAUAGCUUUGCUUUCUGCUUUUUCCUUCUUUUUAAAAAGACAAACCAGAUAUAAACAGUAAAAAGACUAAAACACAGAAGUAAACAUUGAAAGAGGUGGGAAAACCUAUUGGAAAUAACACAAAAAGUAAACAUUGAAAGAGGUGGAAAUACCAAUUUGGGAGUAUACCUAAAUACAUAGCUACUUUUAAGGAAGAAUGCAAAGCUUUUACUGCCUAUUUCUGCCCAGAAAAAAACAUUUGUACAGAUGUAACCUAUUUAAGACAUUGAGACUAUCUUUGAAUAAAACAAUUCUUAAUUAUCAUAUGA